AUUUUGGUAUAUCUGCUGUUAAAAAUUUUGUCGUGUCUACUGUCCACAGUGCAUAUUCAUUUUUCAGUACCCGUUGUUAAGGCCUGAACCGUUUUGAUCUAAAAAAACUUUUUUUUUUGUAUACUUGUUUUUGCUCGACAAUUUUAUUAUCUUUUUAUAAAUCUUGUAUUUUGUUAUUUAGAACGUGUUAGUAGUUGUUCUUUUCGUUACAAUCGGUGUAGCAUGAUAAUGACUUGGCAACCGCAAGAAGAGGGAUUAAGGCAAAUCAUUCAACUGCUUAAAGAAUCUCAGUCACCAGACACUGUAAUCCAACGAACAGUGCAACAAAAACUAGAAGAAUUGAAUCAAGUAGCUGAUUUCAACAACUAUCUUAUAUUUGUUCUGACGAAACUUACAUCGGAAGAUGAACCUACAAGAUCAUUAAGUGGUUUAAUUUUAAAAAACAAUAUCAAAAGUCACUAUGAAACUUUAUCUCCUUCAGUAACGGAGUUUGUGAAGUCUGAGUGUUUAACUGCAGUUGGAGAUACAUCACCAUUAAUAAGAGCAACCGUUGGUAUACUAAUUACAACAAUAGCAUCACGUGGUAUCAAUACAUGGCCUGAAUUGCUGCCAGCUUUAUGCCAAAUGCUCGACUCCGCUGAUUAUAAUGUUUGUGAGGGUGCAUUUGGAGCACUGCAGAAAAUUUGUGAGGAUUCAUCUGACUACUUAGAAGAUGACAGACAAAACAAGCCUCUUGAUAUUCUUAUUCCAAAAUUUCUACAUUUUUUUAAACAUUCAAGCCCAAAAAUUAGGUCUCAUGCAAUUGGCUGUGUGAAUCAGUUUAUUGUCCAAAAAACUCCUUCUUUAAUGAAUCACAUUGAUAUGUUUUUAGAGAACUUAUUUCAUUUGGCAGUCGAUGAUGAAGCAGAUGUUAGAAAAAAUGUGUGUAGAGCAAUAGUUAUGCUUUUAGAAGUAAGAAUGGACAGAUUACUUCCACAUCUCCACGAUAUCAUAGAGUAUAUGUUAUUAAGAACACAAGAUCCAGAUGAAAAUGUGGCAUUAGAAGCUUGUGAAUUUUGGUUAUCUAUUGCCGAACAACAAAUAUGUAAAGAAGCUCUUACUCCUUAUUUACCUAGACUUAUACCAAUUCUUGUUAAUGGAAUGCGUUAUUCAGAAAUUGAUGUAAUAUUGUUGAAGGGCGAUGUUGAAGAAGACGAAAAUGUUCCUGACCGCGAAGAAGAUAUUCGUCCGAGAUUUCAUAAAUCACGCACACAUGGUCAUGAAGAAGAUAAUAAUGAAGAAGAAGAUGAAGAUAACUUAGGAGAUGAUAGCAGUUUGUCUGACUGGAAUCUAAGGAAAUGUAGUGCAGCUGCUCUAGAUGUAUUGGCUAAUGUAUUUAAAGAAGAUAUUCUUCCUAUACUGAUGCCUAUUUUAAAAGAAACCCUUUCUUCAAAUGAAUGGGAAGUCAAAGAAUCUGGUAUCUUAGCCCUUGGUGCCAUUGCUGAAGGUUGUAUGAAUGGUAUGAUUCCGCAUUUGAAUGAAUUAAUUCCUUACAUGAUUAAUCAUUUGAGUGAUAAAAAAGCAUUAGUUCGAGCUAUAAUAUGUUGGACUCUUUCUCGUUACUGUCACUGGGUUGUUAGCCAACCACAUGAACAAUAUUUAAAACCAAUGAUGCACGAACUUUUAAAAAGAAUAUUAGACUCCAAUAAAAGAGUUCAAGAAGCAGCUUGUUCUGCUUUUGCCACAUUAGAAGAAGAAGCAACUACAGAACUAGUACCAUAUUUAGGAUUUAUUUUGGAAACACUAGUCUUCGCUUUUAGCAAAUACCAGCAUAAAAACUUGUUAAUACUUUAUGACGCAAUUGGAACUCUAGCUGACUCAGUUGGUCACAAUUUAAAUAAACCUGAGUAUAUAAAUUUACUAAUGCCACCAUUAAUCCAAAAAUGGAAUGCAUUGAAAGAUGAAGAUAAAGAUCUUUUUCCACUAUUAGAAUGUUUAUCUAGUGUGGCGACUGCUCUGCAAUCUGGAUUUAUGCCUUAUGCAGAACCAGUAUUUAAAAGAUGUAUUUCUCUUGUGGAACAAACACUAAAUCAAAAUAUUGCAAAUUCACAAAGUCCUGACCAGUUUGAUGCGCCUGACAAAGAUUUUAUGAUUGUUGCUCUUGAUCUUCUUUCUGGAUUAGCAGAAGGAUUAACAACAUUCAUCGAGAGUUUAAUUAGUGGAUCAAACACCUUACAAUUACUUUAUCAAUGCAUGCAGGACCCAUUGGCUGAAGUGAGACAGAGUUCAUUUGCUCUUCUUGGAGAUUUGACUAAAGCGUGUUUUCAACAUGUACAUCCUUGCAUAGGUGAUUUUAUGCCAAUCUUAGCACAAAACUUAAAUCCUGAUCAAAUUUCUGUCUGUAAUAAUGCAACAUGGGCUAUUGGAGAAAUUGCUGUAAAACUUGGUACUGAAAUGCAACCAUAUGUACCAAUGAUACUUAGUCAACUAGUUAUAAUUAUGAAUCGGCCAAAUACCCCUAAAACAUUAUUGGAAAAUACAGCAAUUACGAUUGGCCGACUAGGUUAUGUAUGCCCUCAGGACGUCGCCCCGCUGUUACAACAGUUUGUACGCAUGUGGUGCACAUCGUUACGUAAUAUCAGAGAUAAUGAUGAAAAAGAUAGUGCAUUUAGAGGUAUGUGUCAAAUGAUCAGUGUCAAUCCAGGUGGAGUAGUACAAGACUUCAUAUUUUUUUGUGACGCUAUUGCAUCUUGGGUGAAUCCCAAAGAAGACUUAAAAGAAAUGUUUUAUAAAAUAUUACAUGGUUUCAAAAAUCAAGUAGGUGAAGAAAAUUGGACAAGAUUUACUGACCAAUUUCCUCCACAGUUGAAAGAUCGUCUGUCAACUGCCUAUGGGAUCUAAAACAACUGAAAUUUGGGGCGCAGCAUGGGUGAUUCCAGCGUUGCAUCUUUUGGGUUUUUUUCUUCAGUCAUGUGUGCUGAAAACUGACAUCUUGUAGGGUGUGCGGGAGGGAAGGGAGGGGGGAGAUAAAAUAAAUUCGAUAAUACUUAACAAAUUUAUUUUAACAUUUUUUAAUUUGUUUAAUGUGAUAAAAUGUUCACAACCAAAUUUCAUCAUCUGAUUUGUCAAAAAAGUUGGUUCUGCUGUUUGCAUUAUCAAAUUUUAUAUACCAUUAUUAUUUGUCUUCUACAUUUAUUUUGUUUAUUGUUCUUUUUUUACAUUUUAGUUUUUUAUUUGUAGAAUGCUUAUAACAGUUGUAUGCAAACUUGAAGCGUGCUAACCAAAAUGCUUGAGUAAUUAAAUUAGCCCAUUUGUGAAUUCCUCAUCGACUUGGGCAUUAAUUCCUAAAUAACUAUAUUUAUGUCCAUUAAUUCCUUAAAGUUCCUUAAUUAUCAACAUUCCAGAGUGGAUCCCUCUUCCUUUCCUUGUAAAUGUGACCAUCAUAUUGGAAAACAAGUAUUUUGGAAUUGACUUUUCAAAUUUUGCUAAUUAUAACAUUGUGCUAUUGAUUCACAUCAUAAAGAAUUUGGUUUCUAGUUUGAUGUACAAAUUGAACGUUUUAGAUUUUUUUUAUGUUUUGUAUUUUAACUUUAUUUCUAUUAAGUAAUACAUUUUAUUAAUUAUUCGCCAUUGUUGUAAAUUAGUUUUGUUAAAUGUAUAGGCUUGUUUUUAUUUCAUGUUUUAAGUUACGAGUGCAAAUAUUAUAAAAACAAUAUAACAUAUUGUGACUAAAAACUUUUUAAAUACCUGAUUA